UAUUUCAUUUGGCAGAGUUUUACCAAUAUAUUUGUUUUUCUUCCCGUAUUGAAAUCCAGGAAGUAGAUUCAUGUGUGCCACUGGUUGGGACUUCGAGGUUGGCGUGGUUGAAGGACGUAAUCAAUUUUAUGUUCUCACACCCUCACAGUAUUUGUCAGAUGGAGAACGAAAAGGAAAUUGGAGACCUGCCUAAUUUUCAGAAUGGUACAGUUGUGCCAUAUCGGGGCGGGGUCUUCCAUUUCGGGAUUGACCGAGAGAAAAAGAGCUGGAGAGAGACAGGACUGAGCAGAUGAGGAGGAAACUCAGGCUCUUCCCAGAAUACAUGACUUUCUUCAGAAUGCCCAGGAUCAACUGGAGACAACGUGCCACACCUGACGGUCCAAAUGGGAAGCUCUCUGAAGCGACUGAGAGACGCAAACAUGGUGGAGGAAGGGGCCAAAUGUUCACCGGGGUACAGGAAGCUGCCAUUGUAAACUUGGUUUUGGAAAAUAAUGAAAUCAGAUUACGAGAAAUUCAAAGCCACAUCAUCCAAGACAACACCAUAUUCAGCAACAUUCAACGAGUCAGUCUGUCCACAUUGGCUCGCAUUCUCAAGCGAAACCAAAUCAGAAUGAAACAACUUUAUAAGGUGCCGCUUGAGAGAAACUCUCAAAGAAACAAAGAGGUCAGACGAGCAUAUGUGGAUGGAGUACUGGAAAUGGAUGCUCAUGCAAUCCCACAUGAGUUCAUCUUUAUAGAUGAUGCCGGGUUCAACCUUGCAAAGACCAGAAGAAGGGGGAGAAACGUCAUUGGCCACAGAGCCAUUAUAGAUGUUCCUGGCCAACGUGGUGGGAACAUCACAAUGUGCGCUGCCAUUUCCAAUACGCAUGGUGUCCUCCACCGUCAUGUGUUGGGGAAUAAUCAGAAUGAGUUGGUAACAUAGGUAAGAUGUUUUAUAUUCAUCUUAUGUUUGUAAGUUACUUCUCAUCAGAAUGUUUUUGUAUAAUACUGUGGCGGGGUUUGCAGUCAUCUGGUCUCUGUCAAGACUAAGUUACGUGGGCUGGAGAGAGGGGAGAGGUCAAGCGUGGAUCUCUUGG